GCUAAUCGCCCAUCUCUAGAACGCAUUGAAGUUUAUGUUUCUCUUUUUGCUCAUUGCUUUUCGCGAUCUGUUUUGCUUUCUCUGUUCUUUGAUUCUAAUGACUUCAAAUACAGUACUUGAAAUUAUCGGUUUGAAAUAAAUUUAAAAAUUGAAUAAAUCUGAAAACUGUGAACGACAUCUCAUAAUAACUAUGUCUUCAGAAGAUAGAACGCUUUUACAUGUUGCUGCCUCUGAAGGCGAUUUAACCAAAGUGAAAGAAAUUCUCAAAGAUCCUAAAACUGAAUUGGAUGCAACUGAUGAGUUAGGUUGGACACCGUUAAUGAUUGCUUGCUCAGCGGGUAAUAUUGAAAUUGUUAAGGAACUCAUUGGAUCUGGUGCCGACAUAAACCGACCAAACAUUAAUGGACAAACUGUCUUGCAUUAUGCUGCAUCUAAAUCUCAUUUUGAAAUUUGUGAAUUACUUUUGAACAGCAAGGCUGAUGUCAAUCCCCAAGACAAAUACGGAUCAACUCCUUUACAUCGAGCUGCAUCCAAAGGAAACACUAAAAUUGUUAAUUUACUAUUAUCAUCUCCUCACAUUCAAGUCAAUAUUCAAGAUAACUUCGGGAAUACCCCUUUGCACUGUGCUUGCGAGGAGGAACGAUUGGCCGAAUGCAAAGCACUCAUUGAAUCUGGCGGAGAUCUUGAAAUUUUGAACAAAGAGAAGCAAACUCCAUUGGAUUUAUGUAAAAGAUACCAAGUACGGAAGAAAAUUGCCUCUGGUGAAUUCGAUCUGUGAGAUCCAUAAAAAUAUUUUUCGACUGGCCUUAUAAACUAAUCGAAUGUCUUCUUGAACUCUCAAUAAAGUUAAUUUUUCAAGAUACUCCA